AGUUUCCUUCUGCUGGGGACAGAGCAAAGAGGAAGCCGACAGUACGGCCGAUGCCCCCUGUGACCGGGCUGGCAAACCCAGCAGGUGAGGGCUUGUGCAGGGGCUAACAGCGCUGGGCUGUGCGGGCAGGGCAGGCGCCAGGGCCAAGCAGGAAGAAGGACCCUGUGCUGGGCAGACCACAGCAGCUGGCGGGGACGGACACGGCUCUAUCUGCCUCUGAAGCAGCGCUGCUCCUUCCACCCCCGUGACUGGGCUCUCCUCUCCCCAGCACAACAGGGCACCAGGGUCGCUGGUUCCAUUCCCGCCUCCUCCCUGGGCCCUGCAACAUGCGGACGCCGCCAGUGAUGAUCGUGGGCCUGGUGCUGGGCCCCUGCGGCCUGCUGCUGAACCUGGUCAGCACGCUGACUCCCUGCUGGAGGCAGGUGAGCAGUAUAUCCGGCAAGCCCAUUGACGUGGUCUAUCAGCAGGGCAUCUGGGAGCUCUGCCAAGAGACCCAGAGCACCCGCCAGCGCCAGUGCGGCCUGGCUGAUGAACUCGGCUACUUCCCCACGCAGCCAGUGCAGGUGGCCAAGGGGCUGAUGGUCUCCUCGCUGGUUGUGACGGUGCUGGGGCUGGUGGUGGCGGCUCUGGGGGUGCGCUGCUGGCAGGAAGAGCCCCACUACCUGCUGGCAGGCCUCUCCGGCCUGAUACUCUUCGGCUCCGGGCUGAUGAGCCUCAUCCCCAUCUCGUGGUACAACCAUGACCUCAGCGCCCUGCCCGCGCCCGCAGGCAGCACCCUGGAGGUGGGCUACAGCCUGGUGCUGGGCUACCUGGGCAGCUGUCUGGAGCUCAUCGGGGGCUUCUCCCUGGCCCUCAGCCUCCACCAGUGCUGCCAGGAGUGCCGGAGAAAGAAGACAACGACCAAAUAUCCCCACCGCAGCCAGCCGGGCCCCGCCACCGUAUCUUCCAGAGACUUCAUGCCCCGCAGCCAGAAGCCGGCUCCCAAGUCCUUCAGCAACCCCGUGGAUGUGCUGGAGGGAGAAAGAAGCGUCAGCUGCUCCCUGCCCUGCGACUCAGACUUAUAGCCCUGCCACGGCAGGCCGGGCAGAUACAGCCCCUACCAGCACGGACGCGGGCAGCGCGGAGGAGCCCCUGGCAGUGAGAGGCCAAGGCUGGCAGGAAGGGGCACUGUGCCGAGCCCGGCUAAUAGCAGCAAGGACCUCUCCCUGCCUCUGUGCAGGUGGACCCUCCUGCUGCAGCAGCUGGGGCUGAUGAGAGUUUGGGACCCAGUAGCUGGAACUGCAGCCAUUUCUUGUGGGCUCUGGACAAGAGGUGGAUACUUCUGUGGAAGCAGAGCAAGAGUGGCAUUAUUGAUGAUUUGCACAUUACUGCCUGGCCAUGGUGACUUAGUUAAUGGGAGGUGGCAGAUAAAAUCUUCAAAAGCACCUAUGUGACUUAGGACUCUCCAGCUCAUUGGAAGUCAAUGGGAUUUAGGCUCCUAAGUGCCUAAAUUACUUUGGGUAAAAUUUUCAGAAUUCUCUAGGGCUUGUCAGUGGCGGCUCAGAGCCUAAAAACCUUUGAGGAUCUGGGCCAGGUGACUUAGGAGCCUAACGCCACAUCCUUGGGAGAUGCAGGGUGCACAGUACUUUUGAAUAUGCAUGUGUUUAGUUAGGAGCCUAACUAGCCAUCAGCAUAGGCAAUUCUUGGCCAGAGAUAUUACCGACAGAGUGUUCAGAAAACGACUGGGGUUAUUGCAGUCUAGUUAUUGUAUCUCUACGUAAUCAGCACCUUCUCAGCUUCAGCGUUUACACUGGGCACGCUGCUGAUUUCUAGCAUUCAUUCACUUCUGUGCACAGAGGCAUGGGGAGCAGGGCUGGAUUUAGGGGCAGGCAACCCAAGCGGCCACCUGAGGUGUUAGGCUUGGCGGGGGGCGCUGGGCUCCGAGUGCUCUUUUCGUUGUUAGCGACAAAAGGGAGAACAGAAUGCGUGAGGUGAAAUGUUUUAGGUAUUCUGUACAUGGGUUCAUUUUUCACCAACCUCCUAGAAUGUUCUGGAUCUUUGUAGAAUCUCGUGGAACCUUCCAGACUUUUGCAGAACCACAUUUUCCUUGAACCUCCUAGAUUGUUGUCAGCCAUGCCCCCAUGGGUAUAUACGGGGUGACAUGGGUGGCACACAUCAUGGGGGCGGGCAGGCUGUGCCUCCCCAAACAGCCCAGCAUGGCCCCACCCACACUCUGUGCUGAGGCCCCCUCCUGCUUGUCCUUCCCCCUUGCCUUCUCGUCUUCUGGAAAGCCGGCUGGGGCUGAGGCGGCUGCUGCUGCUGGCCU